AUGUCUGAUGCUCCGCGACCAACGCUCAAGAUCAAGUUUGGGAAGAGGCCGGCACCCGAACCUCCGGCCGACCCUGCGCCAGCACCAGCGGAACCUUCUCAGCCAAAGAUCACUCUGAAGAUUGGCUCUAAGUCUAAACCGCCCCAGGGGACUGAAGAGAAACCGAAAAAGAAAAAGACUACGAAGAAAAGACCUGCCGAGAAUGCUGGCCAACCCGAACCCGUCGCGGAGCAAGGUCCCAAACGCCUCAAACUGAUCCCCUCCAAGAAGCCGGGUCUCCAAGCUAUUCGCCUCAAGAACCAACGAGUGGUUGCUCAUCGACCAGUUGGUGUGGGAUAUGACUCGGAAGCAUCUGAUACCGAAGCCGAUCCGGCUAUCGAAGAACAGUUCAUUCUACGAAUGUUACCGGGAGAGGACUGUGAAUACCUUCGUCAGGCCAUCAACGAGAGACGAUUCGACAAAUCAGAAUUUUCAUUCAAGCCGUUGAAUCGUGAGGGGCGACGCGCCGUAUUGAAAAUUCGUGAUCAAAUGUAUGCUGCGUCUUUGGUUGACCUCCCCUGCAUUGUCGAGGGCAUGAAAAGUUGGGAUCGUCGGGGUUGGUACAAAUCGGCAGAUAUCUGCCAAAUGUUGCUGGUGCUUGGGCGAGUCUCUAGCGAUCAAGAGGCUCUAGAAUUUCCUCUUCCUGAUGAGAUCGAGCAUCCAGAUGACAAAACAUUACAAUACCCACACGGUCUGGCACCGCCGUUACGGUGGGUUCGCAAACGGCGCUUCCGUGACCGUGUGAGCUCGCGUACAAUCGAACAAGUUGAGAAAGCUGUGGAGGAUCUGGUCGCGCAGGAUGAGACAUCGGUCUUUCCACCACGAUUCGAGUUGGUCGAUAGCACAUCUUUGAACCGCGCUGAAGGAUACGUGCAAGACGAAGAAUACGAAGAGUACUACGACGAAGACCAGGAUGCUGAAGGCGAGGCAGAUGAAGACAUGAUGGGCGAUUUCGAUGACGACCUUGUCGCCGAGAUGGAGGCGGCCUUGGCUGCUGACGACAACGAAGCGUCGGCCAUGCCUACAGACGCGGAACAGGCAGAGACACCCUCAGCCAACCCAGCGGCCGGACAAGGUGGCAGAGAAUCAUCUGUUGACGAUAGUGACGACUCAGAUGAGGACGAUCUGGAUGACGAGCAACUGGAACAACAGCGACAGCUUCAGCAAUCGCGUGAAGAGAUUGCCGAGCUAGAAGACCUGAUUCGCACCGAAACCCGACAGUGGGAGAGUCUGACGAACCCAAUUCUACGAAACAAGAUGAGUCGACGUAUCACAGAGCUCAAGAAGGACCUUCAACUGAAGAAGGUGUCGGCUGGACUUGGAGACGACACCGAUAUCUAA